AUGGCCCCAAAGAAUCGUUGGGUUGAACGAACUGAUGGGUUGUGUGGUUACAAUAGUGGCAACGUCGGCCUACCGGUUCCGACCAGUGAUACCACCCCUUCACCGUUCGCCCUCGUUCCACCAGAUUUAAAAUCCAGCACGUCUGGAUUCCCAAUCAGUCGCUCAUCGCUCCGGAUUCGGUUGGAUGAACACCCCUGUUUCUCUUCGGACGACGGAGACGAAGAAGAUGAGCAACCAGAUAGCGAAGAAGAACAGUGGCCGAUCACACGCUGCGAUCCACGAGAGGCCAAGAAGGCCCUGGAUUCGUUCAACGUCCCUCACCUCGUACCUGAUGACGAUCCAGUGCUCAUUUGGGAGCAGCAAGAACGGCAGUCGACCUACCAACUUUCCAUCCAAAAUGCGACGGCCCGUCGGCGACACUUUGAAGGCAUUCAUGUGCGCACACUAGCCCAGGCGCACGAGAACAACGAGCAACAGCACAAGCAGCAGAUGAACGAGCUCAGUGAAGUGCUGGCCCGGAUAGGCCUCGACAAGGAGAGAGAGAUGCGGCUUGUCGCGCAGGAGUUCGAGAAACGCGAACGCGAACGCGCCCGGGUCUUCGAGGCCUUGAUUUCUAAGGCCGAGAAACUCGAGCAGGAAGAGCUCCUCAGACUUAAUCGUAUCCGCCAGGAAGAGGCCGCCCGCAAGGCAGAACUCGAGCGCCAAGAACUCGUUAAACAACAACAGCUCGAGGUACGCAAGCUCAAAGAGGCAGAGACCAAGCGCCAGCAGGAGCAGGAACAUAAGGAUACACUGGAACGUCAGAAGAAAGAGGCAGAAGAACGGAAAAUCUCUGAGGCCCAGGCUUCAAGCAUCAAGACGGUUCGGGAUGAUUACGAGAAAUGGUACACCACCAUUCAACAAUUCAAAACCGCCGUCUUACCCACCGUAUCUGCUAGCGAAUCUUUCAAGACGCUAUGUAGACAAGCCAAAAGGAGAAUUACUCCCAAAGUGGGCCAAUUAACCAACGGCUCCCGUCAAAUCGAGAAAGUGAUUCUAGAAGUAGGCGGAGUGCUAAAUGAGACUCGGAAGCACGACGAGAGCGUGUUCUUAUGGGCGUGCAACCAUCUGGCGAAGGCGGUGAUCAGACAAGCGGAGACGGAAGUGACGGCGAAGCUGAGCACAGUGUAUCCACUAGCACGGCUAGUAGUUGGCCUGAUGAUGAUUGGGUAUCCGGAGGUGGGGACGAUCCUGAUGGGCCGACUGGUGAAAAAGUGCUAUCUCGUGGCGGCCUAUCGCCCGUUACCGAGCGAAGGGCAGUCCGAGACGGACUACCGGAAACAGCUCGGCUACCUGCCGGAGAGUUCGAACCGGGAGGAGAGCCGGGUGCAGUACAACAACCGGAUGGCCGGCCUGGUCGCCCUCUUUGCCGCCAUCAAGCAAACUGACCCUUCCGACGUCGUGCCCAGUCUCAAAAACGUGCCCAAGCAGGAACAGAUCAACCGGAUCCCGCCCGAGCUGCGGCUGGACUCGAGCUGGAAAUGGCUCGCCAAUGUCCUCAAACCACCCCUCAUAGGACUCACCGUCACCCCUCGAGUGCUCGCCUCGUUCUUGGAAGUCGCUGGCGAACGACUCUUCCAAGUCUACGGUAUCCAGUUUGUCAAGCUCCUCAAAGCCGUCCUCCACCACGGGAUCCUCACCCCUCAUCCGACGCUCAGAUUUAACUGGAACGAUAUCGACUGCAAGCCUUCGAUCUUUCAGCUCCAGGGCCUCAUCGAAGACUUCCUCAAUAAAGGAAAACUCAGCCCCGAUCCGAAUCUUAACCCCACCGGCCGCUUCUAUCAAUUAACUCAUGACUGA